GUGGCACAAUAAAAGCAUGAGAAGCAGCGUCCUUUCCCCACUCACCCCCUUCUUCCCCCGGAGCUCCUUCCUCUCCACAGAGGCAGCAUGCUGGGCCACAAGAAGAAGACAGAACCACUGCAGAGGACCAGAACCGAGGGGAGGACCAUCGACCCUCUCAGGAAUCUGGUCUCUAUCAUGGAGGUGGAGUGCGUUCGUGAAGGCCACCAAUCAGAGACACUGCGGCAGAUGGCUGGCUCCAUACCUGAGGGCCGGUGUUUAACGGUGGUCUUCAAAGGACCUCGAAAGAGCCUGGAUCUUCUCUGCAACAACCAGGAGGAGGCUCGGCACUGGGCCCGUGGCAUUCAAACCCUGCAGGAGAGGAUAGAGAACAUGACUCAGAAGGAAAAACUUGACCAUUGGAUUCAUGCUUAUCUGAGUCGGGCAGACCAGAACCGGGAUGACAAGAUGAGCUACGAAGAGGUCCAAAUGCUGCUGCAAAUGAUCAACAUCGACUUGAGUGAGCAGUACGCUCGCAGCCUCUUCCAGAAAUGUGAUCAGUCAGCUGAUGGUCGCCUGGACCAGGAAGAGAUUGAAGUUUUUUGCAGGGAGUUGCUUCGGAGGCCAGAACUGGAUGCAAUCUUCAUCCGUUACUCUGCAAAUGGCUGUGUGCUGUCCACGCUGGAUCUCAGAGACUUCUUGAAGGACCAGGGGGAGGACACUUCAGUCACGCAUGCCCAGAGCCUCAUACUCAUCUAUGAACUUAAUGAGUGGGCCCAGAGAAACCAGUUAAUGACCCCCAAUGGCUUCACCAUGUACAUGCUGUCUAAGGAGAACUGUGUGCUCAACCCAGAACAUUCAAGAGUUUACCAAGACAUGAAACACCCACUGUCACACUACUUCAUCUCCUCCUCCCACAACACCUACCUCACCAAGGACCAGCUGACAGGGGAAAGCAGCACAGAGCCGUACAUCAGAGCUUUGAAUCGAGGCUGUUGCUGUGUAGAACUGGACUGCUGGGAUGGAGAUGCAGGAGAACCUGUCGUUUAUCAUGGAUACACACUCACCUCUAAAGUGCCCUUUGUAGAAGUUAUUGAGACAAUCAAUGAGUAUGCUUUCAAAGCAUCUCCCUAUCCUCUGAUCCUGUCCCUGGAAAACCACUGCUCCAUUGAGCAACAGACUGUAAUGGCUCAACACCUGCGAUCUAUCCUGGGAGACAAGCUGCUCAUCAAGCCCCUCAAAGGUCUGGAUUCCUGCUACUUGCCUUCUCCAGAGGAUCUCAAAGGUAAAAUCUUGGUGAAGGGGAAAAGGGAGACAGAGGAUGAAUGUCCAUCCAGUUCUUCAGAUGUCAGCUCAGAUGAGGAGGUCAGUCGGGGAGAAGGAAAACUCAGCAAGAAAAAGGAGAAGCCAGGUGUGUCCAAGCUGAGCCCAGAGCUGUCUGAGCUGGUGGUGUACACUCGCAGUGUUCCCUUUAAAAGCUUCGAGCAUGCUGCCAGAAACCCAGCCAGUGACAUGUCAUCUUUCUCUGAGAGUGAAGCCCUCAGGCUCAUUAAGGAUUCAGGGAUGCAUUUUGUACGACAUAACAGUCACCAGCUCAGCAGGAUCUACCCCUCAGGCCAACGGUUCCAAUCAUCCAACUACAACCCACAGGAGAUGUGGAAUGCAGGCUGUCAGAUUGUUGCUCUGAACUUCCAGACACCUGGUGAGCAGAUGGACUUAAACCAUGGCAGAUUCCUGCAAAAUGGUUUGUGUGGAUAUGUCCUAAAGCCUAAUUUCAUGUGUCAGCCUGACACCACCUUCAGCCCAGAUAAUGUUGGAGGAGGUCCUGGCCACAACCCAGUCCUGCUCACUGUUCAGGUUAUUUCAGCUCAGCAGCUGCCAAAACCAGAAAUGGACAAGCCCAGCUCCAUUGUCGACCCUCAAGUAUGGGUUGAGAUACACGGAGCCCCCAUUGACAACAUGAAGAAGAAAACUCAUUACGUGGACAACAAUGGCUUCAAUCCACGAUGGGACUGCACUUUUAACUUUACCAUCCAUGUCCCUGAACUGGCUCUUGUCCGCUUUGUAGUGGAGGACCAUGACUACACCUCAAGCAACAAUUUCCUGGGACAAUACACCCUUCCUGUUGCCAGUCUUCGUACAGGUUAUCGUCAUGUCCAGCUGCUCAAGCUGAAUGGGUCAAGCCUUUCACCGGCCUCCCUCUUCAUCCAUGUUAAGGUCACACCAUGUCAAGGCAGUUCAGCCAAAUCCUCAGCAGCACCACCCACCAAAUCUUUAACUAAAAAAACAUAAUUCCAGCUCCUUUCUGUAUCUGCCUCAAUCCAGACACAGCAUCAGGACUCUGGAAGAGCCCCCAAGUCCCUCAUCUCCUCAAACUGUUAAACAAGAAGUUUGUGUGUGUUAGGUUCAACAAAUAUGUUGUUUUAUUAAGUAAAACUUAAGGAUUUUACAAAGCAGACAGCCAAGUCAAGAUGAACACUGUGACUGGUGAAUACUUGAAGACAUUACUUUUUUAUUCGUUCGGCUACACUCGGCAUAACAUCGUUGACGUAAGUUUGGUGGAAAAGUUUUCAUCAUUGUUGCGAACAUGCAGUAUGACCCCCUUCAAGCCUCAGCAAAGACAACUCCUGCAAAAAUUACUUUAAAAUUGCAUUACCAUUCACAAAGUGUGUAAUUGAUUUAGAUUUUUAUCAGAACAUUUUAAAAUGCCAGAUUUAGAGACAGGCCGUUUCUGCAGUAUACGCUUCAUAUCAUUGUUAAUGUUCUGACCUUUCUCUUUUUUAUGUUUGUGACAAAUGUACAUUGAAAUAUUUGCUGUUGGCAGAAAUGAUUUUUUCCAAGUAUUAGUCAUCAAGUAGUAAUUUAAUACUGUACUUAAUACUGUUAGCAUUCUGUGCAAAAACUACAGAAUUUUACUCAAAUCAAAUACACUGACUCAGCAAGUUAGGCACACACUAUAAUUAUGGAAUUGAAAUAAAUGUAUACUUGUUAAAAGGUCAAUUUCUAUUCAAUUCAAUUCAGUUUAUUUAUAUAGUGCCAAGUCACAACAGAAAUCAUGUCAGGGCACUGAACUAAGCAGGGGCAAUUCUAGGAUUUGACCUGUUCGGGUGCUUAGCCCCCCAGUACUGCCAAUGACUCUUGGCUUGAACAACGCGGUGGCCAUGCAAGUUCAAUAAUAGUUAUUUCAUUGGGUUGCACUUUUUUUCACACAUACAAACAUUUUGUACUAAACUAACUGUACACAGUUUUCAUUCAUAAAUAUGACUGAAAUAAUUCUAAAAUUAUGAAGGUGCAUCACCACUUUGCAUAUGCAAUUGUCCAUUGCAAAAUAUCAUUGAAUUGCAAAUUGCCAUUUGAAUAAAGG